CUCACAGAAAAGUAGUUGUGAUGGCAGCGGAGUGAGCAUCUUUGUUCUUGUGUACUUUGUAGAUGAAACCUGGACCUGUGGUGAGUAAAAACGAGGCUCUUUGAAAGUCAUGCGCCUGCUGUUUUGCGUGUCUCUGCUGUGCUCGCUGGUUUUAUGCGGCCGUGGAAGGGCUGAGUUCACUCCGGCUGCGGGACACCCUCUGCAUGCCGAUGAUGGGAACUUUUCAAACCAGGAUCCCAGGAAACAAGAGCCCUUUCAACUCCAACAGCAAGCGCUGGAGCCCAGGCCAGGUUCUACCUUCAGCUUGAAGGUCCAGGUGAAUGAUGUGCUGAGUCGUCAGUACCUGAGCCAGGCAGUGGUGGAGGUCUACGUCAACUACACCAAGACCAAAACAGCUCUUUCUGGGGAGGAUGGUGGGGUCUUGCUUCACAUACCUUACCACACUGGGAUGCUUCUCACAGUUGUUGCCUGCCAUGACGGCUACAUUUGCACACUGCUGCCUUGUAAAACCGACAAAAUGCCAAUAUUUUCAUCAGUGACAUUAUCACUUCAGGGUGUGAAUCAAGGGAACAUCUGGCUUUUUGAGGAUUCUGUCCUGAUCACUGGGAGAACAUCUGAUGCUUCAUCCCAGCCUGUGGUCAGUUUUCCUAAAACCCUGCUGAACCUGACACACAGCAGUAAUAUCACCUCUGUUAAAGCCUUCCUGACCAUUCCCAGGCUGACGUCAGAGCAGGGGGGCUUCCUGGCCACUCGAGGCAUCAUGAGCAAUAAAUCUGGAUAUGUCAGUGUGGAGUUAAGCCCGGUGGCAGCUGUCAGCGUGCAGCUUUUCUCAGGAGACACGGAGUUACAUGUGACUGGGCCUGUGCAGAUGAACCUCAACAUUCCCGACAGCUUUGGACUUCAGUCUUCGAGUGUUAUUCCAGCCUGGUUCUUUAACCAGACCACUGGGGCAUGGAUGAGAAAAGGAUUAGGAAAGGUGACAUCAGUAGAUGGAAGUCUUGUGUGGACUUUCACAGCUCCUCAUCUCGGCUACUGGAUCGCAGCACCUGUGUCAUCUAACAGAGGUUUCUUUGAACUUGCCAUUCCCAUUGACUUCAUCAUACGGCAUUCCUUUUUCCUGAUGGUUCUCUUUGGAGGGACACUCGUUAUUAUCAUCUCUCUUCUGGUUGGGUUAUGUUAUUGCAGGUGUUCCUCUGGUGAAACUAAAGCAGCAAAGAUCCUACCAGUGACGACAAAAGACCAAAAAACUUCGACAUGUGAUGAUGAUCUCUUUGAAGGGAAAGCUUCUCAUUCACAGGACCAGCAACCUGAAGAAAAGAGGGACAGUAGACACAAUGCUUCUUUCAUAGCCAACACCAGUGCUGUGGCCAUUAUGCUGGAGAAUGAUCUGAACACGGACCUGAACGAUUUGACGUGUUCACACAAGACUUCAGAACAAAGAGUUUCUGUAUCUCUGACAGAUAAUUUGUUUUUCUACAACCAGCCUGUUGCAAUUCUUCACACUCCAGCUUUCUUCCAUUUAGAGGAGCAACCAGAGCAGGCCCAGUGGAGCAAGUCAGCCACCCUGCCCCGUGCAGGGGCUUCAAAUGGUGCUGCCACAGAGCCUUUGAGUAAAGAAAACUUCACCCAGACACAGACAAAAGGUCCGCCUGAGACCCAGCACCAGGCAGCAGAAACUGAAGACAAGCUUGGAGCUUCAGGUGGCUCCCAGACAGCAACCUCCACCAACACAUCCAGGCUCCCAGAGUCAGUGUCAGUGCCCGGGACGUUACAUAAAAUCUUGGACAGCAGGCACUCGGUGCACGGACAAUCCAAUAUCUCCUCACUUCAGCCUCCUCGGGCCUGGUUUGUCUCACUGGAGGGCAAGCCUGCAGCUGAGAUCCAUUACGCUGUGUCAGAGCAACAGAGGAGACGAAGACCAGUCGAGAGUCGAGAGACCAGUUUAGACUCUGGGGUGGACAUGAGUGAACUGAACCAGACGUCUGGCAGGAGGGCGGUAAUGCUGGAGCGAAACGCUACUUUUGUCAAAAGCGCAUCGAGCAGUAAACAUACGUCUGCACAGUGACUCAUCUCUAACAGCCUUCUUACCCAUAUCGCUCCAAGUUUGUUAAUGAACAGCAUCACGCUUGUAUCACAGGGGAAUUAUGUAUGUUAUUCAUGAGAUUCAGUGCAUUUCUGCCAUAAGACCUCAUAAUGUCUGCAUUUCAGCUACUGUACAUCUAGAAGAGUCCACAUUUCACAACAGAGCGUAUGGACUUGGUGAUCGUUCGCUGUGGAUGUAACAAUACAUGUGCUUUUAACAGCUUCUAACAUGUGUAUG